GGCAAUCAGUGUAGCUAGCGUCAGGGGCUCUGGCGAGGCCUCCCUUCCCCAAACUGCCACGGUCUCCAACCAUGUCUUGAUCUCCCAGAGUUUGUUAGGGAAGAUGGGACCUUAUGGGAUCAGAGACAGCCCAUGGGAGCUGGGAAACGGAGCCGAAUACCUGAUAUUCCUGAUCCUCCAAUUUUCUACACUUAGUCUCAUUUCCUGGCAGCUCCUCCAGCUGCUGAAUUGUAUGUGUAUGUGUGAGCCGUAUUUUAAAUUAAGCAGUGAGUUCUUUCAGCUCAUCAUAAACAUGCUAAAAAGCUUCAGCCACGGCCUGAGCCCACCCCCGCCCUUUACACACACAGGCAGCAGCUGGGGCCACUCGACCCCACACUCUAAUGUGCAUUGCCUAUGACUCACCAACAAAAACGACUGUAUGUUUCAGUCUCCCUGGGUAGCUGAUUCCUAGUUGUGGUGGGAAAUCUCAGUCCGAUUUGGAAGGCAAAGGGCCUCAGCCCCGCCCUACUGACUGUGAAUUCUACAACAUAUGGAGCGCCUACCUUGUGCAAGGCAUUGUGGCCCUUCAGAGACUUGAAGACAGUGUGUGACUCUCCUGUGAGUUAAGAGCACUGGCUGAGUCAGACAGACCCGAGUGACAAGCCCAGCUUCGCUCCCUCUCAGCGGUGAGAGGCAAGAUUUUCUUGCCCCUUGGGCUCCCUCCACACUGUCCUGUGGCUGUGGCAGAUAUGUCAAUACCCUUACAUUCACUGCGAUUCAACAAUACAAUGAGGGAGGAAAACGUUGAGCCCCAAAACAAGCAGAUGGCCUUCUCUAGACCAAUGACAGAGACCAGAGCAGACAUUCAGAUUCUGCAUUCUCAUGUACAGUUGCCUACAGUCUCAACUUCAGCCUCAGACCCUGGAGGGACAUCCACACAGUUGAUGACAUCUCCAGUCUUUGACACCAUGUCUGCACCUCUAAUGGGAGUACCAAACUCUGGAGCAUUGUCCCCACCCCUAAUGCCAGCCUCAGACUCUGGGGCACUUUCCCCAUUGCUAAUGCCAGGCUCAGACCCUGGGGCACUGUCCCCAUUGCUAAUGCCAGCCUUAGAUUCUGGAACACUGUCCCCAUUGCUGUCCACUUCAGAGUAUGGGGUAAUGUCCCCAGGGAUGAUGACAAUUCCUGACUUUGGAACGAUGUCCACAACGCUAAUGGUAGCACCAGAUUCUGCAGAGAUAUCACCAUUGGCAAUGCCAGCUCCAUCCUCUGGAGCGAUGUCUACACCUAUAAUGAGCACUUCAUCCUCUGAGGCAAUGUCCACACCAUUAAUGCUAGCCCCAGAUUCUGGAGAGAUAUCCCCAAUUCUAAUGCAAGAUAUGAAUCCUGGAGUGAUGUCUACACAGCCAGUGCCAGCUCCCAGCUCUGAGGCAAUGUCCCCAUUGCAAAUUACAGAUGAAGACACCGAAGCAAUGUCUAAAGUGCUAAUGACUGCUCUAGCCUCUGGAGAGAUAUCUUCGCUGCUAAUGUCAGGCACGGACUCUGAAGCAAUAUCCUCACUGAUAAUGUCAGCCGUAGCUUCUGGAGGAACAUCACCCCAGCCAACAAGCACCCAAAACUCAGGGGGAAUACCUACCCCGCUCAUGUCAGAUCUAGACUCUGGAAUAAUGUCAUCACUUUUAAUGUCAUCUCCAGGCUCUGAAGUAAUGUCCACACCGCUACUGUCAGUCCCAGAUGCUGGAGAAAUGUCCACAUUACCAAAGCCAGCUCCGGCUGCUGAAGCAAUGUCCCCAGCACUAAUGACGGCCCUACCCUCUGGAGUGAUGCCCACCCAAACGAUGCCAGCCCCAGGCUCUGGGGUGAUGUCCCCAUGGUCAACACAAAAUGUAGACUCUGAAAUUAUGUCUAAUCCACCAAUGAGAGUAACAGCCUCUGGGGUGAUGUCUGCACCACCAGUAAGAGCUUUAGACUCUGGAGCAAUGUCCACACCGCUAAUGGGAGCCCCAGCCUCUGGAAAUAUGUCUACAUUGCAAAAGGCAGUUCCAGCCUCUGGAGCCACGACCACCUCACUGAUGACAGUCCCAAGCUCUGGAGUGAUGUCCACAGAGCAAACGUCAGCCGCCUCUAGAGUCAUGUCCGCACAGUUAACAAUGGCCAAAACUUCUGGAGCAAUGCCCACAGGCUCUAUGAAAGCCGUGGCAAAACAACACACGAGAGCCACAGCCUCUGGAAAGAUGUCCAUGCCACUGAGGAGAGCUCCAGCUUCUGGAGCAAUGUCCACCCAACCAGUUAUGGCCACAGCCUCUGAAACAAUGUCCAUGCCACAAUUGACAGUCCCAGCCUCUGGAUCAAUGUCCAUGCUGCAAAUGAGAGCCCCUGUCUCUGAAGCAGUGUCCACGCCACAAAUGAGAACCAUGGCCUCAGGACUGACAUCUGCAGCACAGAUGAAAGCCAUGACUUCUGGAGCAAUGUCCACCCCACUAAUGACAGCCCAAACCUCUGGAUCAACAUCCACCCUGUUAAUGAGAGACACAGCCUCAGGAGUGAUGUCCUGUCCACAAAUGAGAGCUCUGGCCUCUGGAGCAUUGUCCAAGCCACUAAUGACACCCAAAGCCUCAGGAACGAUGUUCACGGAACAAAUGGCAACCACAGCUUCUGAAGCAAUGCCCGCACUGCUAAUGAGAGACACAGUUUCUGGAGCUCUGUCCAUGCCGCAAAUGACAGACACAGCCUCUGGAGGGUUGUCUGCAUUGCUAAUGAGAGACACAGCUUCUAGAGCAAUGUCCACAUCACAAAUGACAGCCACAGUCUCUGGAGGGAUGUCCAUGCCACUAAUGAGAGCUCAAGACCCAGGAGUAAUGCCUGCCUCACUAAUGAGAGCGAAAGCCUCUGGAAAGAUGCUCAGUCAGCCAAUGAGCACCCAAGAUCCUGGAGGGAUGUCCGUGUUGCCCAUGAGAUCCAUGACCGCUGGAGGGAUGCAGAUGAAUGCCCCAACCUCUGAUGUGAUGUCCACACCAACAAUGAGAGCCUGGACUUCUGAAACAAUGUCCACACCACUAAUGAGAACCUCAGACUCUGGAGAGAGGCCCUCACUGCUCACAAGAGCUUCACCCUCUGGAGAGAUGUCCCUACCACUAAUGAGAGCUCCAGCUUCUGGAGAGAUAGCCACGCCUCUGAGAUCCCCAGCUUAUGGAGCCACGUCUGCUCCACAAAUGACAGCCACAGCCUCUGGAAUGAUGUCGUCCAUGCCACAAGUGAAGGCUCCCAUCUCUGGAGCAACGUCCGUGCCACUAACAAGAUCCACAGCCUCUGGAGGGAUGUCCGUGCCACUGAUGAGAGCCCCAGACUCUAGAGUGACAUCCACGUCACAAAUGAUGCCCACAGCUUCUGGAGACAUGUGCACACUACCAGUGCGAGCCCCAGCCUCUGGAGGGGUGUCCCCACCACUAGUAAGAGCUCCAGCCUCUGGAACUAUGUCCACACCACUAAGGAGACCCUCAGCCUGUGAAACUGCGUCCACAGAGUUAAUGAGAGCUUCAGCCUCUGGACAUAUGUCCACUGCACAAACAACAGCCAUGGUCCCUGGAGGGAUGUCCAAGCCAUUAAUGAGAGCCCCGGCCUCUGGAAAAAUGCCCAUGCCUUUAAUGUCAGCCAUGGCUUCUGGAGAGAUGUCUAUGCCGCUAAUGGAAACCAUGGCCUCUGGAGCAACGUCCACAUUGCAAACCAGUGUUGCGAACUCUAGAUCUAUGUCCUUGCCACAAACAACAUACACAGUGUCUGGAGGGAUGGCCACAGCACCAAUUAGAGCCUCUGCUUCUGGAGCAAUGUCCACAUCAUUUAUGAGAGCCUCAGUUUCUGGAUCGAUGCCCAUGCCACUACCGAGAGCCACAGCCUCUGGAUGUGGCAUGGGUAUGUCCAUGCCACAAAGGACAGCCACAGACUCUAGAGGGAUGUCCACACCACUAAUGAGGGCCUCAGGCCCUGGAACAAUGUCCACACCACAGACAGCCUUUGGAGUGAUGUCCACUCUGGAAAUCAAAGCCACAGACUCUGGAGAGGCAUCCACCUCUCACAUUAACAUCACAGCCUCUGGAUCAAAGCCCACACCGCACAUGACUGCCACAACUCCUGAAACUGCGAAACCACCACCAAAGGAAGUGCCAUCCUUCGGAAUGUUGACCCCAGCACUCUGUUACCUCUUAGAAGAGCAGGAAGCAGCCCGGGGCUCAUGCUCUGUGGAGGAAGAGAUCGAGAUUGAUGAAGAGAAGCAAAUGAAGGGGUUUUUGGAUGAUUCAGAGAGAAUGGCAUUUCUGGUGUCUCUUCAUCUGGGAGCAGCAGAGAGGUGGUUCAUCUUGCAGAUGGAGGUAGGAGAACCUCUCUCAGAUGAAAAUAAAUCUUUCCUGAGAAGAUCCCAGGGCGUAUAUGACUCCCUAUCUGAGAUAGACAUCCUCAGUGCUGUUCUUUGCCAUCCCAAACAGGGCCAAAAGUCAGUCAGGCAGUAUGCCACUGACUUCCUGCUGCUGGCCCGACAUUUGUCUUGGUCUGAUGCCAUUCUACGGACCAGGUUUCUGGAAGGACUCUCAGAAGCUGUUACCACCAAAAUGGGUCGGAUCUUCCUGAAGGUGGCUGGCAGCCUAAAGGAGCUGAUAGACAGGUCUCUGUACACCGAGUGCCAGCUGGCUGAAGAGAAGGAUUCCCCGGGCAACUCAAGCCAGGUUCUGCCAACAGCCUGUAAGCGGAAUAAUGAGGAGGCCAUGGAGAAUGAACUGAGCUCUCAGCAGCAGACUGAGGAGCACCAGCAUAUUUCCAAACGCUGUUACUACCUGAAAGAGCAUGGAGACCCCCAAGAAGGUCUUCAUGAUCACCUUGGACAGAGCACAGGCCAUCAUCAGAAGGCCCAUACCAACAAGUAAAACUCCAUGGAAUCUUCUCCUGUGAUAUCUGACUCGACCGCUAACUAGAGGACUGGUUCCUGGACCCAUUCCAUUCAACUACAUUAUAAACCUUGUUGCCUUCACCCUUCAGCCUCCCGCUCCAGGCACAUCCCACCUUACCUCUCACUUGGCUGAUUUGACCUUCUCUUUCACCCACAUGCCUAUGACCUGCCCUGACAAUCAGAGUGUGGACUACAAGAGUGUAUGGUGUAUGAAGUUCUAAACUCCCAUCCCCACCGAGGCCAGUACUAGUUCUUGGUCCAGGGAGAAGUCUAGGCAGGAUAAAUCAUACCUUACCUCAAAAAACCCUUAGCGUAUCUUGCCGUGUGUCAGCAGGCAAACUUGAGGAAGCCCUGGUUCUAUUUCACCUGGCAGGGGAGCCUAUAAGGAGAGCGAUGCCCACUCCUACACCACCCUUGUAACCCAGUAGACUUGCCCCAUAUGCCCCAACUCAUAGCACCUAAAAUGGGUCUCCAGGGUCCUUGCCCUGUUUAUAGUAUCCAUCCUGAACCAUUCGUUUUGACCCAUAAUAAUAGUGAUAGUAUAAUGGCUACCAGUUAUUGAUAAUGUGUCAUGUGACAGGCAUUGGGCUAAACUCUUGACAAGCACCAUCUCACUACAUUCUUACAGUAACACAACUUGUUCUUGUGUUGUCAGCUUCUGACCUCUUGAUCUGUUGUUUAUGGCCUUUGUCUUGUCCCUCAGUGGGGGUUCUCUAGCUCUGACCUCUGGGUGACCCCCUCAGUUGUUGAUUGCUCUCACUCCCCUUGGCUGUUGUGCUUCAUGGCCAGCACUCUUGAUGAGGGUCUUGGUCUAUAAACAGGCAUAGAUAGUUAGAACAUAAUGUGAGCAGUGUUUGCCUUCAGGUGGUGGGGUUAUGGGUAGUUUUUAUUUUCUUCUUUCUACUUCUCUAUACAUUUCAGAUUCUCUACAGUAAGCAUGUGUUACAUUUGUAAUUAUAAAAGUAAAUAAACUUCAUUUAUGAAAAAAGA